CUUAUCGUUGAGCAACAGCCAUUCGUUCCCGGCGCGUUUACGACGAGACACACGACCUCCGCAGGCAAGCGUUCAAACAUCCUUGCGUGUCCUGGCUGGUGGCGACCACGUCUGCCCUAUCGUCCCUUAUAUUUCUACGAACUUUUGCCCGCUGGCGAAACGGAUGUCUGACAGUCUUUUGGGGCCGCCCUUACUCAGCGCUGGAGCAACUGGAACAGCCGACUCGACCGUGUUUCCCGCCGACAUCCGCUCGCUUUAAAACAUUCCUGUCGUUUUGAAGAACGGGCCGACGAAAGUCUGACGCAAAAAGGAAAGUCGGGACACCCCACAUCUCGCCAGCGCCCGCCAGACCUUCCCCGUUGCUACCUUGCGACAACGACGUCUUCACAUUCUUUGGACAAGCUGAUAGUGCCAUUGCCGCCAUGGACGUAGGCAAGAAACUCGGUCGCUUUAAGCAAUGGGCAGGCGAGAAAAUGGGCGGCGAGGCGAAGACGGAUACGUCUGAGGAAUUCAAGGCGCUGGAAGCCGAGAUGGAUCUGCGUUAUGAAGGCAUGGAUAAGAUGCACAAGUCUAUGACUACCUACGUCAAGUGGGUGGGCAAGCGUACAGAGGACAGGGAGAAACUCUUUCCCGUGGGGCACAUGGGAGCGACCUACGUCGCGCAUGGUCAGGACUAUGCGCCGGAAUCCGACUACGGUAACUGCCUUAUCUCUAUGGGUCGAGCCCAAGAGAGCAUUGCGCGAAAGCAGGAGAGCUAUCUCGCUGCCGCGACAUCUACAUGGCUAGAGGGCCUCGAGAGGUCACUUGCUCAGAUGAAGGAAUACCAAGCUGCGCGCAAGAAGCUUGAGCAACGUCGAAUCGCGUAUGAUGCCUCCCUCGCGAAAGUUCAAAAGGCGAAAAAGGAGGAUUUCAGAGUUGAAGAGGAACUUCGCGCUCAGAAGGCCAAGUACGAAGAGUCCUUCGAGGACACGUAUAGGCGCAUGAUGGACAUCAAGGAGGCGGAAGUUGACAGCAUUGCUGACAUCACGGCUUUUCUUGACGCAGAGUUGGCAUACUACGAUAGUUGCCGCGAAAUCCUCGCAAACCUCAGGCGAGAGUGGCCCGGCGAAGGGAUCAGUGGCCAAAGGCAACGACCACGGUCCAAUACCGCCAGGUCCUAUUCAAAUAUGGAAGAUGAGUCUUCGAUUCGCGAAAAGCCGCCAAUUCUACCUGCAAGAGGCGGCCGAGAUAGCCCUCAGCGAAGCAACAGUAUUCGACCCAGCUACAGUCGUACCGUUACAUCGGAUAGUCUACGAAGUGAGGAGGGCCAAACCCAAGGCAUAUACAAGCUUGUGCGUAUUCCUACGGAGCCUACGGCUCUCGUUCAAGCGCAUCGCGGCAACCUUCGUCAAGUGACGAGCGACCCUGAUGAUCGCUCCAUCCGCUCCGACAGUCCAAUGUCAAGGGGUGCUCUUACUCCAGCUAGGACAACAAGCUGGACAAACGCAGACACCGACGGCAGUGCAGGUCCAAAAAAGACGAUUCCACCACCAGUCAACCGUUCGAAGAAGCCGCCUCCGCCACCGCCUCCUAUGAAGCGAAGCGCUCUGAGUACGUCGCAGAUCCCCCAAACUGAUCAUUAUUAGUCUUUAAUAAAUAGCUUGAUGCCAAAUGAUCUCAUUGCAUGCGCGUUUCAUGUUGACCUCCUUUUUUUUUGUGUGUGGCUUGUGGGACGCAUUCAAUUGAACUCCGACUUUCUAAGGUCUGGCCAAAUGCGUAUAAAAGCAAUGAUUGGAAUUUUCAGCUGUGCAAUGAAAACAGCCUGAGCCGCACCCCAAUUUUCUUCUUCUUGGAGGAUAUGUGGCGUGACUUUAAACCGUGUGAAGGCGCAGUACAAAAUCCAGUAUUCAGCACAGCUGGCAAGGAAGUUGGCAGCCGU